GGAAUGCAUGUGUGGAAAAGCCUCUUGCCUAUAUUAUUGAUUGCGUUACUAAUUAGUGAAGGCUACAGUUUUGAAUUCACCAUCGUUCACAACAAUGAUAUGCACGCUAGGUACGAUCCAGUUUUGGGAAGCGAUGAGAAAUGCGGUAAAGAGCAGGACGAGGUCGGCCUUUGCUAUGGUGGGUUCGGUCGUGUGGCUACUGCGGUUGCGAAAGCACGAGCCGAGGGAUCAGCGAUAUAUUUAAAUGCGGGGGACACAUUUCAAGGCACAGCCUGGUUCACGGUUUACAAGGGCAAAAUGGCAGCUCAGUUAAUGAAUCUAAUUGGACCCGAUGCAUUGAGCCUCGGAAAUCAUGAAUUUGACAACAACAUCGAUGGAUUAGUUAAUUUUUUGAAUAUAGUAUCAUUUCCGGUAGUAUGCUCUAACUUGGACAUUGCACUGAUUCCCGAAUUUCAGAACCUAACGCGUUUAGUUCGCUCAACAAUUAUUACUAAGUUUCAGGCAAAGAUCGGCAUUAUUGGUUAUAUAACACCCGCAACAAAAAACCAUUUGCCAUUAUACCCAUUUGAGUUCGAAGAGGAGAUACAAGCCAUAAAUAAAGAGGCGCAAAGACUGGUUAAGAUGGGAGUCAAUAUUAUUAUUGCAUUGGGACAUUCCGGCUAUAAGAAGGACAAAGAGAUAGCGGAAAAGUGUCCUGAAGUGGAUAUCGUUGUUGGUGGACAUUCACACACAUUUCUAUAUACUGGUGAGCCGCCAGACAUGGAAUUGCCUGAGGGUCCAUAUCCGACGGUGGUGGCUAAGAAAAAUGGCAUACAAGUUCCGGUUGUGCAGGCCUUCGCUUUUACAAAGUAUUUGGGAAAAUUACUUGUCGAGUUCGAUAGUAGUGGAAAAUUGCUCAAGUUUAGUGGCAAUCCCAUAUUGUUAGACAAAUCGAUUGAGCCACGUGGAGACAUAAUGGCUGUCAUCAAUAAAAAGAGGGGGAUGGUAAAGAACCUGGAGGAACAAGUUAUAGGCACCACAAAGGUGUUUCUAAAUGGGGACUACCAAGCCUGCCGACUGGUGGAAUGUAAUUUUGGCAACUUGAUUGCUGAUAGUAUGGUAUAUGCACGUCUGGAAGACAAUAAAUUUCAGGAUUACUGGACCGACGCGUCUGCAGCAAUUAUCAAUUCGGGUGCUGUUCGUGGCUCUAUUACUAGAACAUCGAAUGGCGGCGCAGUGACAGUUGAAGAUAUAUAUCAGGUAUUACCUUAUGACAGUAAAGUGAUCUUCAUAAAAAUAUUGGGGAAAUACAUUCUGAGGAUACUUGAACACUCAGUUCAAAUGCGAGAAACAGAUUCGGAUGGGGGAUUCCUGCAAGUUUCUGGUAUGCGCAUCAAAUAUGAUUUAAAGGAGCGCAAGGGACGACGUGUCAGAUCUGUUCUGAUUCUAUGUACCGAAUGUAAAGUUCCACAAUUUCAACCCCUGGAUCCAUAUAAAUUAUAUGGCAUUUUGCUGACUCAAUAUUUAUUAGACGAAGGCGAUGGCUAUAAGUUCAAGAUUAAUGAGAGACAUAUUGCGGAUACAAAAGUAACUGUUCUGCAGGCUGUAACACGGUAUUUUCAAGCCCAUAAAUUGGUUUACCCAAAGCUAGAGAACCGUAUAAUGAUUGCAGAUAAUGAUCGCACUGGGUGCUCUGAAACUAAGCGACUCACUUAUGUUGUUUUUAUAUUUUCAAUAUAUAUUUUAUUAUUCUAAAAUUUGCGGUCAAUA